UCAGAAAUGAAGACCAUUGCACUGUACGUGGUUGUGGGUUUUAGUGGAAUCAUCUUUGUUACUGCUGACAGACAGGGAGAUUUGGGGUGUGACUAUAGAGCAUUUCUAUCAACGUGUUGUAGUGAUGAUUUUGACAGUAUCCACAAUGGUACAAGUACUAAAAAAUGCAGCGCUUGCAUUGGACGUUUAUGUAGAUCAGAGUGUCCCCGGGGAUAUUAUGGAGAACAGUGUGAUGAAAUCUGUACUUGUGGUGCUGACGUAUGUGACGAUGUGUUUGGAUGUAUAACUACUGAAAAAACUUCAACAUCGGUAGAUGAAAAGAGCACAGACGAACAACAAGGAAAACCGUCAGGAAUGGUUUUAAAAAUUUCGUUGUCUGCGUCAUUAUUCAUCAUAAUCGUGUUGCUGGUGGUACUACUAAGUGUAGUUUACAGGUAA